GGUUUUAUACCUGAUUUUCUGGGUGGAGAACGGCCGCGCUGAUACAUCCACAUCAUGCUGGACGGCGGGAAACCAGAGCUGUAUGGAUCCCGAGCCGUAUCUGCUCGUUGGCCUCAGAAACGUCAUCCUCCGGAUCAACCUGGACGGCAGCGGCCAACAAAGGCUCGCGUCUGGUGUGGGAAACGCCGUCCUGAUGGACUUCCACUACAGGGAGGGAAGAGUGUAUUGGGUCGACACACACACAGGCGUCCUGAGUCGGGUCGACUUGGAUGGGACACACUCUCAGAAGCUUCUGUCACUGGGGAAAGGAAUCUCAGGCCUGGCUGUGGACUGGAGGGAGAACUCAGUGUACUGGAGCAGCAGGAAAACAGGGACGAUCCGGCGAGCGGAUACAGACGGACACGACGUGAAAACCGUCCUGAGAGACCUGACUCGGCCGAGCAGCGUGGUUAUUGAUCCAAACGCAGGGUAUGUGUUUUGGUUGUCGGCCGGCGUGACGUUCAGUAUCCAGCGCUCGGAUCUGACGGGAGCUCUGAUCACCACGGUGCUGAAAACCCCAGACAGGAUGUUGUGUUUGGCUGCUGAUGCGGUGGACAGAAAGCUGUUCUGGAUUCGGCACGGUGUGAACGGGCUCAGCACCCUCGGCUCCUGUGAUUAUAACGGCAACGGCGUUAACGUCAUCAACCAGAGAUUAAGCAGAACAAAGUCUCCGAAGAUGUCGCUUUUCUGGGAUUACGUGUACGUGACGGACUCUGCGUCACAGAGUGUAAUGAGAGUUACCAGGAACACGGGAGAACCUCCUGAGAAAGUGAACUCCAAAAAGAUGCCGAGCGUUCCUGCUGACGUUAAAGUCAUCCAUCCGCUGAAUCAGCCUGUGGUGGAAACCCGUGCUGCGUUCACUCCGGUGUGUGAGACAGAUGAGUGUGUGAAUGUGUGUUCCAGCUCUAGCGGUCAUUGUAAGUGCAAACCCGGCUUCAUGCUCAGCAAACACGGCGACUCCUGUGAAGAUAUAAACGAGUGUGCUUUGUGGAAUCACGGCUGCUCUCUGGGGUGUGAGAACGUUCCGGGUUCUUAUUUCUGCACCUGCCCUGAAGGAUACGUUCUUCUGGCCGACCACAGAACCUGCAGAGAAAUGAAACCAUGUGUGGAGAAUGGUACACUGUGUGAACACGCCUGCACACACACAGUAGAGGGCGAUGUGUGUGUGUGUCCAGUUGGCUCCUCCCUACAUCCUGAUGGACGUUCCUGCACAGGGUGUGUGUCUGUGGAUCGAGGUGGCUGUAGUCAGGUGUGUGUGACGUUGUCGCCCGGGAGGUGGGAGUGUGAGUGCCAACCCGGAUACCAACUACAGCCAGAUGGCAAACAAUGCAAAGCUCCAGGUCCUCCAGCAUUGAUGCUCUUUGCUAACAUGGUGGACGUGAGGAUCAUGAAUGUAGAUGGAUCAGACAGCAGGAGUCUGAUGAAUGAAUCUAAGCGAUCCAUCAUGGCUGUGGAUUACGACCCUGUGCAGAACAGAGUGUAUUUUGCUGAUACUGAGCGUAGACAGAUCGAGAGCGUGUCUGUAGAUGGAGGUGAGACAGAAGUGCUGAUCACGGAUCUCGUCUCACCUGAGGGACUCGCUGUGGACUGGAUCAACCGCAAACUCUACUGGACAGACCGAGGGGUGUCCUCGGUGUCUCGUAGCCGACUGAACGGUCUGGAGAGUACGGUGCUUAUUCAUGACAAGCUCCUGCAGCCAAGAGACGUGGCGGUUCACCCUCAAGCUCGGAGGAUAUUCUGGACAGAUGUGGGUUUCCCUGUGGCGGUAUGGAGGGCAGGUCUGGAUGGCGAGGACCGCACGGUGCUGAUGGGUUCGGGACUCAUCUCUCCCUGCGGCAUCACCGUCGAUCACAACACACACACACUGUACUGGACCGACAUCGGAGCUGGGAGCAUCGGGUCAGCGGGACUGGACGGCUCGCACCGACACACACUCACACUCGAGCAAGUAGGUCUUCCGUUCGACGUGGCAGUGUUUGAAGACACUCUGUGGUUCACUAACCGGGAAGAUAAUCACAUUUAUCAUCUUGAUAAAAGAACAGGAAGUGAUGCGGAGCGGCUCGGUGUAGAUUCUGUUCAACCGGCUUCACUCGUUAUAGUGCAUCCUCUCAUUAAACCAGGGGCGGACCUUUGUCUCCAUGGAAACGGGGGGUGUUCCCAGCUGUGUGAAAGCAGGCUCGGAUUGGUUCGUUGCUCUUGUCACUCGCAGCACGUCCUAUCAGCUGACGGCAAAACUUGUCGUCACGUACAAUCCUCAUCCUCGUCUUCAUCCUCAUCCUCUUCUUCAUCGCCAUCUACAGGGUCAGGUGAUGGAGAAUGGAGUGACGGAGUGAAGAAUAAAUCCCUAAACGAUGAGAGUUCUCCUCUGUCUCUGUCCUCUGAUGGAGAACCCUUCACUGAGAAGAUGGUGUCAGAUCAGGAUGAGUGUUUCUCUCUGAGCUGUGAUGUGAACGCGCAGUGUGUGCUGGAGGACGGAGGUUCAGUGUGUCGUUGUCUGAUUGGCUUCACCGGAGACGGACAGCUCUGUAUGGACAUUGAUGAGUGUGUGACAGGUUUGGCGGAGUGUACCAGUCCUCAAUCGGAGUGUGUAAAUACACCAGGUGGAUAUUACUGUCACUGUGGAGUAGGGUUUAACACAGAUGGACACCACUGCAUAGAUGUAGAUGAGUGCCGUUUGGAGCUGCACAGCUGUGAUGUGAACGCGGUGUGUGUGAACACUCUGGGUGGAUACGAGUGCAGGUGUAGAGUUGGAUCCACGGGAACGGGAUUCAGCUGCAGUGUGGCGCGUAGUGCUGCCCCCUCCAGGACGAGCUCCGCAACUCCACUCGAUGUGACGACUCCGCGGCUGCGUGGGGGCCUGGUGGAGAUCUGUCCAUCCACACACGACUCCUACUGUCUCCACAACUCUGUGUGUUUCUACUUUCCCGAGAUAGAGAUUUACGCCUGCAACUGUGUUCUAGGUUAUAUAGGGGAGCGUUGUCAGUACAAUGAUUUGGAGUGGUGGGAUCUGCAGCAGGCCGAACAGGAGAAGAGGAGAAACGUUGCCAUUGCUGUGUGCGUCACUUUACUCCUCCUGCUGCUGUCCAUCACAGCCACCAUCACCUACUGCUACAGGUGUAGGAGGUGUUCAGGAAGGCGAGCUGCAGUGGGCGUGGUCAGUGAGACGGGUGUGUGUGUGUGUGUGUGUGUGUGCACCAGGUGUAGGAGGUGUCCAGGAAGGCGAGCUGCAGUGGGCGUGGUCAGUGAGACGGGUGUGUGUGUGUGUGUGUGUGUGCACCAGGUGUAGGAGGUGUCCAGGAAGGCGAGCUGCAGUGGGCGUGGUCAGUGAGACGGGCGUGUGUGAGGAGAGCGUCACUGAGACGCCGUCCGUCAGCCCGCAGUUCUAUUUGCUGCUGGACCACAGAGCGUGUAACGAUGAAAAGAUGCUCCACGUGGUCGGUUCUCAGAGAAGAGGAGUGUGUCCAUGCUGCUCCAGAGAAACAGGUGUGAGUGUUGUCUCUGAAGACACUGGGACUCAGAAAACACUUGUGGAUUUUGCAGACACACCGGAGUCAUGUAUGAAGCCCAGCGUUAAUCUGAUCUCUCUGGACGACUCACACACACCAUCUCUGAUCUGAACAUCUGCUGCCUGUGUGUGUGUGUGUGUGUGUGUGUGUGUGUGUGUGUGUGUGUGUGUGUGUGUAAGCAGAGAUCUAAUGUGAGUGAUCAUUAGGGUUUGGGCUGUGCUGAUGUUUGAGGGUGUGAGGGUAUACUGUGAUAAAGACAUCUAAAUUAUCACUAAUGACAAACGCACAUCAGUAUCCAGAGCUCAGACAGAACUACAGACAUACAGUGAAUUCUAUUAAUAUUGGCACCCUUGGUAAAUAUGAGCAAAGUAGGCUGUGAAAAAUUGUCUUUAUUGUUUAACCUUCUGAUCUUUUGUUCAAAAUUCAUGCUCUCAUAGAUAUCAGACAAUCGCAAACACAACACAGGUUUAUCCAAAAAAUAAAAAAUCUUUGUUAAAUUUGUGUGCAACAAUUAUUGGCACUCCAGUGAAUUCAUAUGAGAAAAAUAUAUUUGAAGUAUAUUCUCAUUGAUAUUUAAAAAAAAUAAUAAUAAUUAAUACACCUGGGUGACUAGGAACAGGAAAUUGUUCAACCAUGACUUCCUGUUUCACAGGGGUAUAAAUAUGAGGUAACACACAGGCCAAGUUCCCUUAGUCAUUCAUAACAAUGGGUAAGAGCGAGGAAUAAUGCUGUGAUGUGCGGCAAAAGGUUGUUGAGCUUCACACAAUGGGGCGUGGCUAUAAGAAAAUAGCACAAGCAUUGAAAAUGCCCAUUUCCACCAUCAGGGCAAUGAUUAAGAAGUUCCAGUCCACUGGAAAUGUUAUGAAUCGACCUGGAAUUGGACGUGUGUCUAUAUCGUCUCAACGCACUGUGAAGAGGACGGUUCGAGUGGAUAAAACAUCUCCAAGGAUCACAGCUGGAGAACUGCAGAAGUUAGUUGUGUCUUGGGGUCAGAAAUUCUCCAAAUCUACAAUCUGAAGUCACCUACAUCACCACAAGCUGUUUGGAAGGGUUUCAGGAAAAAAGCCUCUACUCUCAUCCAAAAACACACUCGAGCGUCUUCAGUGUGCAGACACUACUGGAACUUCAAAUGGGAUCGGGUUCUAUGGUCAGAUGAAACCAGAAUAGAGCUUUUUGGUAAUAAACACCAGAGGUGGUUUUGGAGCACACAGAGAGGU